ACGGGCCAGUUUGACUCGCUCGCGCUCGGCGAGAGUGUCUCGUCUGUGCUAUACUCUCCGUCGUUGGCUCGCGCGCGUAAACACACGCACACCAGGUGCUCUCCUUCCUCCUCCUCCGCGAGUGUGUCUGUCUCUCUUUCUCGACAGUGUCUUCUUCUUCUCUCUGUGCGAAUACCAAUACACACAGGCACCCGUGAAAGAAGAAGCAGAGUACGUAGAAAGGAGCACGUUUGCUGCUGCGAAUUUAACCUAGAAAGUCGCCCGCGUCAUUGGAUUUCAUUUCUGCAGAGCGGCCGACUCUGUACCGAGAGCUGCUGCAGCUCGGCUUGCGUCUGUGUGUGUAUGUGCUCGCGGUCCACGUGACUUCUAUACAGAGAGAGAGAGAGAGAGAAAGAGAGAGAGAAAGAGAGAGAGAGAGAGAGAGAGAGAGUCGUGCGCGAAUUCAUUCGCGCGGCGGUGUGUUGUGCGCGUCUGUAUAUUGUGCCGCCGCUGCUGCAUAGGACCUGUACUCCUCUCUACUACUGCUUCUUUCUCUCAGGUAUGUUUUCUCGUGAAAUAGCAAAACGGCUAUCUGUGGAACGCGUCGCUUAUCGCCGGUGACGAAAAAUGACACGCGCACGUCCGUGCGGGGAGUAAAUCGCCCGAGAUCUUUAUCUCCGACCCGUCGGCAAAACACUCGGCGAUAAGCGCAUACCUCCCGAAAUCGAAGGGAAAAACAAAAAAGAACCGCGCGAGCUUGGAUAUUUAUAGAUUGGCCCGGGUCCACCUAUAGCGUACAAUGCAUCGAGUCGCCGGGUUCAGGUCGGAGGCCGAAGGCCGCGAGCGCAUUCCUCUCUCGCUACCUUCUCUCACGUAACGCUUUCGCGCAAAACGAGGCUUUUUCGGGCGGUUCUCGCGCGCAACGGGAUACACUUACUCGACUCUUGUAAAUAUUUUGCGCCCGUAUACGCGUUGCAUAAGUCCGCGCUUUUUUCCGCGAUUUAUCGCCGCCGCGAGAGAGAGAGAGAGAGAGAGAGAGAAACGACGAUAAUACACACGCGGGGGGGAGGAAGACGCGGCGUCGGCGCGAGAGAUUUACGGCGCUAUAAUUACCGCCGCGCAGCGCCGUAAACCUGUCGGCGCGGAAUCAAAGCCGUUAAUCGUUUUAAUGUACAUACACGGCCGCUUCUUCCGAAACGAUCGUUAAUUGCUCGCGCCCUCGAUCGCAUUUGUAUUCUCCGAUCAAGCUGUGACAGGUGUAUGUACAGUAUCGCGGGUAAAACUCGUGUGUACGCGAAUAGAGAGAGAGACCUUUCCCCUUCCCGAAUUUCGCAACACAGUCUUUUACGCGCUUUGUACGUGCUCGCGAAGCUCGAGCCGCCGCGCGCGAAACAUUUGAAAUGCUAAUACACCGCGCGCGCUCGAGUAAGUGGCACACUAAAGAGCGAAGAAAAUUUCGAGACGCUGACUGACUGGCGCUCUCGGGAUGAGGUAUUCGGAAAUUUAUGCGGCGCCGAGUGAAUUGUGCCGCGCGAAAAAUAUUAGCCGUAACGCAGGAACUUUGAAGAGCCCCGACGUUCGGACGCCCCUAGAAUAGCCCGAGCCCGGACGCACCGGCUGGAGUCCUCGGCAACGUGGGACGACUGAGAAGUGCGCUCCGAUCCGCUCACCCAAAGCGAAUCCGAGCGAGCGCAGUAAACGGAAGAGACUGCGCGCGAGAGGAAGAUCUAGUGCUCGAACAGUAGAAUUAAAAAAAAAAAACAAUCGUGCGAUGACAGUUCGCGGAGUGUCUUCCGGCUAGAACUCGCUGAUACAAGCCAGUGCGACGAACGGAGAGUGUGCCGCGGAUGAUCGCAGCCCGAUGAUGUGAAGCAUCGCGCCACGAGAGAGAGAGAGGACUCCGUCAUCAAGCCCGCUGAGGAAAUUCAGAAACAGCACAAUGCGACGUGGAAUCGCUCUCCUGCUCUUUUGCCUGCUCGCAACGACGCGAGCAGCCGAGAGCAACGGUGUGAGCUGUCCGGAGGACAGUGUGCCGGGCGACGACGGCGAAUGCAAAUGCGUGUCGCCGGUGACUAUGCCCUGUCCGAGGCACAAGUGCCAGGCUGGUCAGAAGGCGGUUCAGGUACGGGACGCCGAUCCCGAGAGACCAGGCAGCUGCUGUCCGCUGUACGAGUGCCGGAGUCAAGAAGAUGUGAUAAUGAUGAUCCCAGAGGACUCGGGCAACGUCCACUGCCGUGACGAGUCCGGGCAUCCCCGAGAGCUGGGCGAGCACUGGCAAUCCGACGACUUCUGCACCAAUUGCACCUGCGAAGUCGGCGGGCCCCACUGCCAGUCGGUCAUGUGUCGCGGCUGCGAUCAUCCCUUGCCUCCGGCCGCAGGCGAGUGCUGCCCCAGGUGCGGAUCUCCACCGGUUGCGACCAGCGAUAGGAACGCUUCCCUCGACACUGGAUGCCGAGCUUUGAGGGACUGCAAGCUCAGGUGCGAGUUCGGGCUGGACGUCGAUCGGGACGGCUGCACGUUUUGCCGGUGUCGCAAUAGACCUCAGGCGGCCGACGAGUCACGAGGUUGGGGCACGAUCCAGAUCGUCCUAGUCGUGGUCUUGGCCCUGCUCUGCGUCCUGCUAAUGGUCCACCUGGUGCACAGUCGUUUCCGGGCACGUCUCGCCCCGUCCGAGGCCGACUUUGCCGGCUACCCCCAGCAGUACUACAAGUGUGUUCCCGUCUACGAGGGCCACCACGUACCCGUCCUGCGACACGCCGAGAAGAUCGUCUCCCUCUGAGCUGAUCGCCGUCAUCUUCUUAAUAAUUAUUACAGUCAUCUCUCCCUCUAUCGCCGUUGCUGCUGCAGGAGACACAUAAACAGACAAGUUCGAUAUCAGAGCGCGGAGAGAACGAUAACGCAUAUGUAGGCCGACCGAAGUUUUAAGCUAGAUCUCACUCACACUUAAUACAUAUUAUAUACACACACACACACACACACACCGAUGAGAGAAGUCCCCCGAUGGGGGCUGAUUAUUGUAGGGUAUAUAUAAAUAUAUAUAAAUAAUAUAUAGCAAUGUAGCCGAACGUGCGUGGAAGAGAAGAGGAUGAUGUAGUUGGUACACGAUGUAUAAGCUUAUUGUAUAUCUCCUUCCUAUUACUGUAUAAAGUAUUGCACGUAUGUAUGGCCUCUUGACGGGGCCGUAAUCUUCUGUUAACAGCUCUAUCGCAUAGUCUACAAGCGACGGAGAACUAAUAUAUAAAUCUAUAUCAUAUCGUUCUUUACUAUUGAUUUAUCAUUAUUAUUCUUUCUAUUAUAUAUGAUUAUUAUUAUUAUCACGCAUUAUCAUUAUGUUAAUUUCGUUAGUCGUAGCUACAGUAUUAUUUGCCAAAUGACGGGCUCGUGAGAUUGUAAUUGAUUGCCCGAAGGGGCGGGAAAUGUGCGCUCGUUUCUUUUUUUUUUAAUUAUUAAUAUUUCCCAGAGAGAGAGAACUAUAUACAGCACGACGCAUCUCUCGUUUUCGCAUAUAGUAUAGAGACAAAGCAACGUUAUAUUAUAGACACGUUGAUCGUCGACGUUUUAUCGUGUAUCUUGUGUAAACGCCGCCCGGAUGGAUGGGCUAAUGUCAACUGUUACGCCGUACCUUAGCUCCUCUAUUAUCCGCUCCGAGAGAGGGAACGAGCUUUGGCAAACCGAACGCGAAAUCGUAUGCAAGAUCGAUUCAUUGAUCUCUGGACCAGACAGCGUUCGUGUGUAACCGACUCCGUCUUCUCUCUCUUGUUCUUCUACUGCGAAGUUGUAAACAGAGAAACACGUCCGGAGAGUAUACUUGCUAUUCAUGUGAAUUCGACAAUGUACACAUAUACGCACAGACCUGGUAUUAUGUUAUGUUCUUUCGACAAAAAAAAAAUUAAAAGUAUUAUUAUUACGCAUGAAAAUAAAGGAUUAGCCUGCGAACGAAAUUUAUUUCUUCUUUCUUUCUCGUAUUUAUUGUUGAUUUCGUAUAGAGAAGAUUGUUUUCGCGUCGUCUGUAUUAUUAUUAUUUUUUAUACAAUGUAGUCUGUAUAUUAUUGAAGAGAAGCAAUAGCGUUUAAAUGUUAUAUGGAGCAUAAAACAAUGCAAGUUUCUAGUUUGUAAGUUAUCAAAGUUAAGUGUAUAAGUGAGCAAACUUUUCGUGUACUGUGAUGAUCGAUCAAAAAGAGAAAAAUUAAGCAUGCUCCGAUUCGCAGAAAUAAAAAGCAUAUCACUUUUUCAAAAUCUGUUGAAUAUUCAUUAAAUAUGUUGUACACAAUUUAUGUAUUAUCGGCGCGAAGGAUUAAUCGAGUUGUGAAUAUAAGAUUGAUUAAAAUAAACUUUGGAGAAAACGUUAUUACUUUGUUGAUUACACUUCCAGGCGUCGGACCAAAAUUAUCCAUUUGGUGGUCGUAGGCACGUUUCUCGUUGCAUUGUUUUAAGCUGCCGCAGUUACCAGUGGCGCAAGAAUUAAUACGAGCUAAUAAAUCUUACUGCCCUGAGUAAUCAUUUAAGCUAUACGCAUAUAAUAAUAACAUCGUUGUUCUAAUUGCGCAAUAAAUGUCGAGUAGGCGUGUUCGUUCGAUAAAUAAUAUUCUCUUUAAAGGUGAUACUGUUUAUAGAAUUAUUUAAUUUAAUAUUACACAAUGUUACAGGUGUGUAACUGAUUUGUUUAACACUUUGCUCGGGAAUUCUUUAACGUUAACAGUUUAAAAAUUCCGUCUAGUCAAGCUUUGAACGGUUCUCUCAAUGCUUUGUCAACAUAUUGUAUUCGACACGCAGAAAUUUUAAACAUUUCAACAAGAUUAAUUUUUUGCAACCAUUCUAUAGACUGUUUUGAUUCCUCACUGCAAGUUUAAUGUAGAUUUAAGUAAGCCAUCGCGCGUUUGUAUAAACGGUUUCCAUUUAUUGAUUGUAUAGCGAAUAAGAUUAUAUAACAAACGAUUGCUCGAACUGUAAAAAUAAUAUACCCUGCACAAAUAAACGGCCCGGACGUCGAAUUAUAAGAAUGUGAAAACACAGAAACUGUAAAUAAACUCUUAUGCUCCGAUGGAUUGCAUCCAUCACUGUACUGCUCUUAUUCAAAACACUUUUAUACUUUCGGAUAUUACAUAUCUUGAACCCGUUCUUCCAGGCCAAUGGCAAUAUUUAUUUCACCUUAUAAACACAUCUAAAGCUAAAUUAAAUUGUAACAAAAAAAAAGAAAUAUAAUAAAUGGAUAAAUAUUAAACUAAAGCAUAUAUACUAAACAAGUAAUAUAUAAACAAAGUUCAUAAUAAUACGAACGCUACGUGUAAAUCUUGUAAUCUUCCGAUAGCUAAACCAUUUGUGUACUCAAAAUAUCACGAAUCUACCCCAGCAAAUACACCGAUACUGGCAGGAGCAGAUGCGCAUCAGCAAGUUUACGAAUUAAAUGCAGACGCGUUCGAACUCGGAACGAAAGGCACAUGCACCCACACAUAUCCAAAUAGCAGUACCGAGUGAAAACCGUGUACUGUCAGAGGUUAGAUCGUUGUCUUCUUAAAUUAAUAUAUAUUUUUUCAAUGUGAAAAAGUCACUCGUGAAUUAUACAUAAUAUACAUACGAUUACGUGUUACAUUGUAUUCUCCAAUUAAAAGCUCAGUAUAAGCUAUACAAUGACGACGAAGAGAUGGCGUAGAAAACAUGUAGACGUACUCGUAAGAGAUAAUCGCAUAUAUUAUAGUGUGUGCAUGUAGGGGUAUAUACGCAAAAGUAUAUCGCAUCAUGUGUUGAUAUUAUUAUCGAACGAAUAAUAAGGUCAAGAAUUUCGUAUAAACGUGCAAUGUACCUUGAAGACAAUAUUAAUCAAACGGUCGAUAUGAAUUAGACGCGUACGACGACGUAACAAACAAAUAAAAAUAAUUAUCAAGCUUUUUUCUCUCUUGUACGACUGAUGAAACAGCUGCCUAACAGACUAGAACGGUUAAAAGGCGUGAUUUCGUUUGGCUUUUUUCGUUGCGACAAAAAAAAAAGACAUGCGCAAACACACGCUGAUCUGCCGACAUGUGUCCGACCGCUAUUGCAUAAAAGAUUGAGAAGACAAAAAAUGAUCAAAUUUACGAGUGAAUAAAAAUAAAAAUUUGUUUUCGACUAGUGAUAUUAUUGUUAAAUAUAUUAUAUCGAGUCUCAACCGAGAGAUCACAAUUGUACAUGCUUAUAUAUCUAAUGAAAUAAAAUAUAAAAAGUUAAUUUAAUUCAA